AUGCAAGGGCAGAGAGGUAUUAUUGGUUCUUUGCCAGAAACCUUGGACUUUGACCAUGGAUCUACAUCAGGUAAUGCUAUCAUAGAUCAGCAAAUUUGCUGGAGUAACAUGCGAAAUCCUGCAGAAAACCAAUUGACAGACUUUAUGCUAUCACCUAGCGACAUGAACAAUGCAUAUGCAAAUUCCAUUGAUCAAGAGCGACAAAGUUUAAGUGGGUGGAGCUUAGGUGAACCCAGUUCCAGUGGGCAACAAAAUCAGGCAAUUCAUGAUGAUAGGAAAGUGGAACAUGGAUGGUCAUCUUCAGCAAGUAGUUCUGCUGGAGCUGGUCCAAGGUUAGAAGAAAGGCGGUGCGAACCAACAAAUAUUCUUUCACUAAACAGGGUCAAUGUGAACCCUCAAUUUGAACGGAGUUCCAGCUCGGAUGCAGCUCCACAGAAUAUCAACUUGAAUGCUGGUUUUGUUGGUCAUGGGGGUGAUAAUUGUCAAGUCAUGGAUGGCUCUGCUAUUUACAAGCCUAUUGGGGCAGAAAAUGAACGGAAUCCACCUGCUAGUAGUUCAGAUAAUUUAUUGCGUCCUUCUGGAAGUGGGGGAUACAUGGUGGAACAGAAUGAUGGAAGACCAGGUUGCUCAUUGGAUGGUCGCCGUCAAUCCUGCAAAAGAAAGGCUGUUGAAGGAAAUAUAGGACAGUCAUCUGUGGCUGGAAGUUCUAGCUUCUAUCAGCGGUCAGAGAGUAAUCCAUGGCCUGGCGUUCCCACUCGCUAUGAUGCAGGUAGCAGUUUGAGUAUAUCUGCUACAUCAGAACAGUUGAACCCCAGACUUGGACUUGGAGUGAGAGGACUAGCUUGUGAUGCUAUUCCAGAUUCAACUGUUGCUGAACGUGCAGAAAGCUCCCAUAGAAAUUUCCGUUUGAGGAUCAAUUCUUCAAAUCAAGAAUCUACUCCCCCUUCUUUAUUUUCUACAGGAAGUACUGUGAGGCGUUCCGGUUUAUCAUCUUCCCACCGGUCAUCAAGACCUCUUCCGAUUGAUCAUUCUUUGGACUUCAGGUCAUUAUCAGCCUUGGAUAGUACAACUCAAAAUCAGCCAGUUGUUAUCCCUGCUCCAACCUUGCCACAGAAUGUGCAAUCAUUUGGAUGGAAUGAAAGCUCUAGCUCAAGAACUGGCGACCCAUCAAGUUUCAUCACUUUGGAUGAUAGAGAGGAACCCAACACAAGAAACAUAGCAAGACACAUAUGGGAACAUCCUAUGUUUGCGCCUGCAACCGAGUUGAGAACAUCAGCUAGGAAUCCAGCCAAUAGAAGUUUAACCAGUGGACAGGGAAGUGGUCCAGGAAAUGUUGGUUCUACAUCUCGGACUGGAGCAAGCUCAGGUAUCCACCCCUUAUCUGCCCCAACCUGGGGUCCUCAUACCAAUCCUCCAAGAAAUUCUCGAAGACUAGCUGCUGGUGGCCAGAGCAGCACUCAUUCCCCAUUUCAUUCCAGUGCUGGCACCUCAGAAGAUACUGUGCUUUCAUCUGGAGCUGGUAACCAGGGUCUUCAUCGUCCACAUCCAAGAUCAGCAUCAUGGUUGGAGAGACAAGGUGAUGGUGUACUGGGAAUUCCUUAUCCUCUGCGGACUUUUUCUAGUGAAGGAAGAAACAGGCUUGUUGUCUCUGAGCAGAUUCGCAAUGUCUUGGAUCUCAUGCGUAGGGGCGAAAGCUUGCGAUUUGAGGAUGUCAUGAUUCUUGACCAAUCAGUGUUGUUUGGGGCAGCUGAUAUGUAUGAUAGGCAUAGGGAUAUGCGGCUUGAUGUUGACAACAUGUCGUAUGAGGAGUUGCUGGCUUUGGAAGAGCGCAUCGGAAAUGUCAGCACUGGAUUGAGUGAAGAAACCAUAGUAAAGAACUUAAAACAACGGAAAUACUCUAUUGCUUUUGGAGCCAAGGAGGAGGCAGAACCAUGCUGCAUUUGCCAGGAGGAAUACAAUGAUGGAGAAGAUCUUGGAACACUGGACUGUGGACAUGCUUUCCACACGGAUUAUGGUGAGUUCUGCCAUGCAUCACCUAUUCUGACUGUCCUGUCUUAUACGCUGGCAUGA